GGGAGAGAGAGCAUGGGAUGCCGUAGACAAAAAGGUAGAGUUGAAACCUAGACAGAAGAAAAUACAACUCUUUAGAGUACGCUUGUUUUUCUCUUUUAGUAACCUUCGGAAUAGUUACCAUCUGCACAAUUCUUUAUAUGAAAACCCGAGUCUGGACAAAAUUGUAGAACACACACGAGAACUAGAGCAGAUAAACACUGUGUCUGCUCUAGAAGACAUUUUAGUGCCAUUAGGAGAGAAAAACCUUGCCUUUUCACAUUAGAAUUAGAACAAAACCACAAAUGCUGCUUAGAGAAACCAUUCGCAAGACCAGGGUUUUAUUUCACAAGACCCUCCGAAGCUUCAAGUCUGUCAUCUUUGGAGGGUACCAAAAACUACCCAGAUCUCUCUCCUUCAAUCCGUUUCUCGGUCGCAGUGGCAAUGCAAGAACUUACACAAGCGAGCAAUUCUACAACGAGUUUUAUGACAUGCUGCAGUCUGAUCUGAACAGAAUAAAGAGGAGUGAUAGCAAUAGCAUGAACAGGUCAAGAGAUCAUGCAAUUGGAGAUGCCGCAGCAAACACUGAAAUCCUUACCAAGCAAAGUUCGCAAAAGAGCAUUGCUGAAGAGGGAGUAGUACUGAAAGAGAAGAAAAGCAAAGGGAGCUGUGAAUUGGGAAAGAAGGAAUGCUUGAAUAAUUCAAAAAGCAUUAACGAGGGAGUUCAUGAUUUGACGCAAAAGAUGAAGGAAUUGGAGAUGAUGGAUACGGGUGAUGUUGAGCACGUGCUAGACAUUGAAGAAGCACUUCACUACUAUUCACGCCUUAAAAGUCCUGUUUAUUUAGACAUCGUGGACAAGUUCUUCAUGGACAUGCACUCUGAAUUCUCUGUUCAAGACUCCUCUAUCAGUGUCAAACGCUCAAAGUCGAAGGGAAGACUUGGCUCAAUCAGGCUAUAGAUAAGAUAAUUUUAAUGUAAAGAAUGUUCUAGUAUACAUGAAACCUAGCUGUUUUGUUUUACUAUUUUGUGUCUCUGAUUUUUACUUCUCCCAGUGUGGUGCUGAGCGAUUUUGAGUUUGUUUGGUGAGAAUUCCCGCUAUUUCUACUCUUUUUUUUAGUUUCUGGUUGUUUUCAAUGUUGAAUUGAAUCUAUAUUGUACAAUAUAAAGACGAAUUACUUGGUAAUAAUAUCUAGCCCUGUUUGUCAAUUUA